AUGGAGAAGUCCAAGAACUUUCGGAUCGACGCGCUCCUGGCUGACGAACCCCACCGAGGGAAUCGGGACGUUUCCCCGGGACUGAGCAACGACAGCCCUGCGGGCAGCCCCGUGUCCUGCCGCCGAGGGGAGACCCCAUCACCCCGCGGGACCCCGGCGGGCAUCCAGCUGCAAACAGGAAUUAUACCCAAACCGGGUCUGUUGAACGUCCCCCACCCUGGACUCACCCCACUGCCCCAGGGUGCCCUCCCCGGCAUGUACCCUGCUGCGCCCAUGUACCCGAUCUCUGCCCUGGGGGGUCAGCACCCGGCCUUCACGUACUCGGGCUUCACGCAGCUCACACAUCCGUACCCGGAGCACCUGAAGGCGGCGGCCGUGGGAGGGUCCUUCCCUCUAGAGCAGUGGAUCCGGGCCGGAAUCAUGGUCCCGCGCCUCCCGGAUUACACGUCUGCCCCCCAGUCGGGUUUGAUGGGGAAAUGCCGUAGGCCUCGCACAGCCUUCACUAGCCAACAGCUGCUGGAGCUGGAAAACCAGUUCAAACUCAACAAGUACCUGUCCCGGCCGAAGCGCUUCGAGGUGGCCACUUCUCUGAUGCUGACAGAGACGCAGGUGAAGAUCUGGUUCCAGAACCGUCGCAUGAAGUGGAAGCGGAGCCGCAAAGCAAAGGAGCAGGCGGCUCAGGCUGAAGUGGAAAGGCAGCGCUGCGGGAAGUCAGCCGACAAGCUGGGGGAGGUCCGCCGGGCCGGAGCGCAGGGUGAAGAUGACCUGGAGGAGGACCUGGAAGAGGAAGAGGAGGAGGAGGAGGAAGAGGAAGAGGAACCACAGCGAGAGUUUGCUGUUACCAUGGGCGGCGGGGGCGUAGGGUUGCAGCGACCCUCCGACUUCCUGCAGCACACAUCCGAGCUGAGCUACAGCCCCCACAGUGCCUAUUCGGAGGAUGAAUUGGAGGAGAGAGGUGGGGGACAGGAAGAUAGAGGCAGGGCCUUGAGGGGUCCCAUCUAG